AUGGCAUUCGCAACUCAACUGUCAACCAAGGCUAUUACGUGUCUUGGCGUCAUGGCAUUCAUCACUCUUUGCUUUCAGACCUUCGACUCAUCAGCACUUGCGUCUGCGGACGCGGCGAUGCUCGCUCGCCUCGAUGUAAUCGACCGUCAAAUGGAGGUCCUCCGAACAACGAUGAAUCGCGUUCUCAAAGAAACAGAUACUGGAAUCCAUGCAGACAUGAAAUGGCCAAACCAACCUUCUUCAGACCAAGGACUAGAGGAAGCAUUGAAGAUUGUCUUUUGGGUUGCUGCAAUUGUGGCCUGGGGAACUUCGAUGUGCUUCUUUUAUAACGAUAUCGGAGCCUCAGCGGAAAGGACGUUUGCAAUAGCUAUAUGGGCUGCUUGUGCUACGUCCGCAGCGCUAUGGUAUCUGGGUGAGCCUAGAGAGUGGUACGGAUACUUCCUUGGUAGUACUUGGGGGUUCCUUGCUGCUAUCUUCUUGUCGACUCUAUUUCAUGGAAAGGAUGAAGCUGUCGUAGAUGGGCAAAAGGCGUGA